AUGUUUGCAUUGUAUAGUCCGCAGCACGCUAUUGAUAUUCUCCCUUUCGUCGACUUUCGUUCACGAUUCAUUUUUGGUAGAUUGAAGAAGAAAGUUAGAAACCUCUGCGCCAAGAUCUUGGCGAUCCCGAAGGAUUCUUGGAUCUACAGGAAGAUCGUCGAUGUCCGCACAGACGGCACCUUGGAGAAUUACGUCGCGAAAAGUUUCGCCGGCUUUAUCGGAGGAAUAUUCCUCACCUACAUCUUCUUCGGCUUCUUCGUCAUCCAGCUCGGAUUCAAGCUCUCCUCCGCCACGUACCUUUGCUCCGCGAUAGGGGUGAUUCUCACCCUCGGCUUGGCGUUCUCCCCUAGAGUUCGCUGUAUAGUGUUCCUGUUAUUACCCCAAUUUUUCUCGAAGCGGGGGCGGCAGGUGUUGGUCGCGUACGCUUUUAUUCUAGCGUUAACCGGGCCGGUGAAGAACACUCUGCACAACACCGCCGUUCUUACGGAGUCACUGGCCUGCGUGCAAGAGCAGCUGAAGGAGGCGGUGAAAACCGUGAUAGAUCUGGCGAAGCAGCCGUUCUACGCACUGAGGGACGCGAUAACGAAAGUCAUCAAGUCGGUGAAAGCUGUCGUCAAGAGGAUCAAGCAGACCCUUCUCGCGAUCAAGAGGAUCGUUCUCAGUAUACUGAGGGUGAUUACGUCGGUGUUCCAAUGGCUCGGUAGCGUGAUCAACAUGUGCAACAAGAAACUGGGCACCCCGUUCGACAGGUGUCAAAAAGUGUUCGACGGUGCAGUGGCCGACUGCAAGGCGAAGCUUGGACCAUUCUUCGGGGUGGUCUGCAACAUUACCUACGUGGUCAGCACACUUUGUUACGUAGUGAAGCCGCUAGACUUCAUCUGCAUGCUGGUGUCCUAUGUGGCUGACACCGUGGUCGGUGCAGUGAAACGAAAGGUUAAAAGGUUCACAAUGCACAUGAAGGCGAUGUUUUAUGUUAAGGUGAAGUUCUCUCACUCGUUUCAUUUCGAGACGAACCAGAGCAAGUCGUUAGGGGAUGUUUCAACCGGCAUUGCGACCGAGAUACGAUCGAGGACCGACACGUUGUUCACUGUCUUCGACUCGAUCAGCUUCGUCACGUCCCUCUUCGUCUUCAUCAUCGUCCUCAAAGUAUUGCGCUACAGAUUCAAAUGGAUGACCAGCGAGCGCUUCGACAACAAGUACAUAACGAAGGAUCUACGCACCAUCGAUCUAAUCAGGGCUCGGCAGGACAAAGAAACCGUCCUGCCACUGAAUCCUCGCGAGAGCCACAAAUACGUGAGCCUGUCCUCCGUCAUGCUGGUGAAAUCCGAGAGGCUUAAGCUAGUCAGGUCCGCCGUGUUUUUGGGCCUGGCUACCAUCAAGUUGAUCGCCUUCUUGGUCAUAGACUACAGUCUCUACUGGGUGUUGAACACUAUACAGAUUCACGGUAGAUUCCAGAGCAAGGUGGAGAAGCCGACAGUGGUGAGCAUUCAUGUCGCCGGCGAAGGCUACAUGUCCGAUCUAUACAGGAGCAUAAUUAGAUCGUUCUCACCCCGCGGGAAGGAGUCGGAGAUCAACACGAUGCUGUGUCUACCUCAACCAGUGCCGCCUAAUCUGGACAGGUACACUCAGAUCGUUGGUUUGCUGAUCCUCUGCUGGUUCAUAGCGUUCUUCGAACCGUAUGGCCUGCGUCUUAGGCACGUGGUCCUCUGUCAGUACUAUCCCGACAGGGCCAAGCAGAGGGCCACUUGGCUGUACAAUCACAUCAUCAGGUCAAGGGGUAACUUCCUGAAAUUCGCCAGACGGCAGCUGCGCCGGAAGUUCGGCAUGGCCGGAGACGACAAGAUCGAGAAGGUCACUCUCCAGGACAGACUUUGGGCGGUGUGUCCUUUCUUGAACAUUCUGUUCCCGAGAAAGCAGAAGAUGUGCUUGUUGUGCAGCGCCGUGGAACGAUCCGACAUCGAUCCGCACAUAAAGUGUCCGACCCCGGGCUGCGUCGGCUUGUUCUGUCCACCGUGUUUCGCGGAUUUGCAAAAUAUUUGCACCAUCUGCCGGUCGCCGGUCGACUACGGCGACCUGUCGGACCUCAGCGAGGAGUUAGAUUCUUCCGAAGAUGAGUAUCCGAGGGUCAAGCUGAAGCCUGAAGAGCUACCUGGAGAAGUGACGGAGGAAGAUGAGAAAGCGAAAUUGAGGGAGCGGGAAGAAGAAGUUGGAGAGGAGGAUGAAGUCGAAGAACGUGAAGAAGCCGAGGAAGAAGAAGAAGAAGCUGAAGCAGAUGAGAUCGAAGGAGAAGUAGAAACUGCAGAGGAAGAGGAAAUUGACGAAACAACUGAAGAGGAAGCAGAGAGCGAAAUAGAGAAAAGGGAGAGAUUGGAGAAGCUGAGAAAGAAGGUGGAGGAAGACGAAGAAGAUAGAAUAGAGAAGGACAUGGCUCAACAGACGGAAGAAAGAUUCGAAGAAGACACCGACUCCGUUUACAGUUACACUUAUGAAGACGAGGAUCCGAGAGUAACGAAGGACGUGAAACGUAGAGAACCGUUCAAGGACGUGGAAGCUCAAAGAAUUAGGGACGAUGUAACGAUCCAGAUAUUCAACGAGCCCUUGGCGAGAGAGUCGUGCUCCUGCGAGGAAUCGCCGACAUCCUGCUUCGUGGUGAGAGCUCGUAGGAAGGUCCACUCUAAAUUGAAAAAGAGGCCGGUUCCCCGCGGGAGGGAUUCCGAUUCAUCACAUUCGAUCGCCGGCACGGAGUCCUGGUCGACGGAGGAGGUCGACGAAGAGGAAGUAAUACACGUCGAGGUGGACGACGAAUGCGAAGAGCUGCUGGGGAAGGAUCGAAGGGAUCAAGAAAAACGGGGUCGUAUAAAUAAAAUCGUCGGCGCGGUCGCGAGGAUUCCUUGGCUGGGCAGAGGCGAGGAUGACGAGGGGAAAGUUCGGGGACUGCAGACGAGGCGACCCUCGCUUAUGAGCAGAAUCGUCAGCAUGCUUCAAGGGAAGUCGAAGCUGCCGAUGCAGACGUACAAAAGGUCCAAGAAGAUCAAGGAUUCUUCGUCAUCUUCGUCGUCCUCGUGCUACGACGAGAGUGAGGCUCUGCUGCGGGACGAAGACAGGACCGACACCGGCCGCUUGACACGAAGAAGAGUCGGAAGACGGGUUGAGACUGACGACACGGAGAACUUUGAUUUCAGGCACCCCCGCGAGAUGAAGUUCGCCACGAAACAAGUGCCGAAGUACCUGGAGUCAACUGUAAAGUGUACGUCCUAUUACGAAGUGGAUGAGACGGAGGAUUCGCAGCAAUUGGAGGACGUCGAGCAGUCGUCGGACGUGAUAAGUAGCAAGAAGAAAAGCAGGCGAGAUACGACGGAGGACGAAUUUGUGCCUCCUUGUUCCUGCACGUCAGACAUCACUCAGGAUGCUACGGCGGAUAGAGACGUUUAUUCUCAGGGAAUGAGUACUAUAACCGAGCGAACGGAUUCCUCGAAGACUCAGAAUGUUGACUCAGAAACUGAGAAAGUGUCGUCCACUGCUAGAAGUGAUGCCGAGCAUACAGAUGAGACGGAGUCGUCGUCAGUGAUUGUGGAGGGACGAGGAGCAAAGGACAUAUUCGACGACUCUUCAGAGUUAGAGGACGUCGAAGAGUCGAGAGAAACAGGGGCGAGUGAGAGCAGUCAGGAAGAAGGAACGAUUGAGGAUAUAACUACGAAAAGACGUGGAAAACCAACGAUUCGAGAGGAAAUUAAAAGAACUUCGGUGUCUAGGAAGAACGAUGAAGCUGAUCACGAAUUAAAAAAGAGAUCUAAGGUAAGAAGGCAAUCGGGUGGUGCCGAUGAAGGUGUUGAAGAGGCAGAUAAGGAGAAGAAGGAGAAGAAGAGUUUCAAAAAGAAAAUGAAAACGAUUGGAAAGUUGAAAAACUUCUAUUCGAAAAGAAUAGCUGGAAGAUCGGAUAAAAAGGAGACGCCUGAAGAACAGGAUCCGAACGAAGUGAAAAAUGUUGAGAAGAAGACGAAGGUGGUAGGUAAAUUAAAAGGAUUGUAUUUGAAACAGAAAGAUAGAAGAGCUAGAAAGAAGAAAGAAAAGGAAGAAAAAUCUGAAGAGUUGGAAGAACCUUUAAGCAAAAGCGACGAUAAGAAACUGAAGGUGAUUGGUAAGCUUGGGGGAUUGUAUUCGAAGGUAAAAUCUGCACUGUCUGAUAAAGAAGAAGAGGAUCACGGGGCACAGGAUUCGGAAGCAAUAUCAACAGACGAAGCUGAAAAAUCUGAUGAUACUGAUGCCAAGCCUGAAGAACCAAAACCAAGAAGAAAAUCUAAGGAUGAAAAGUCUGAAGAACCAGAACUCACAGAAAGGACUAAGGAUACAAAAUCUGAAGAACCAGAAUCAAGAAGAAAAUCUAAGGACAAAAAAUCUGAAGAACCAGAACCAAGAAGAAAAUCUAAGGACAAAAAAUCUGAAGAACUGGAACCAAGAAGGAAAUCUAAGGAUGAAAAGCCUGAAGAGCAAGAACGAACAGAAGAAUCUAAGGAUAAAAGGUCCGAAGAACCAGAACCCGAAGAAGAAUCUAAGGAUAAAAAGUCUGAGGAACCAGAACCAAAAAAAAGAUUAAAGAGUAAAAAAUCUAAAGAGCCAGAACCAAAAGAAGUACCCGUCGUGGAUGUAGACGAAGGAAGAGAAAAGCCCGAAGAAACUGAUACAGUUGAAGAGCCUGCAGAAGAUGAGGAUAAGAGAAGAAAAGUGUCUAUCGAUUCCAAGGUCGAAUCAUCGAAGAUUGACAAAGCGACGGAUUUACCUGAUAGAAGCAGGCACACUCAAACUAAAAUCCAUAAACGUGAUAGCAAGAAGAUUUCUGAGAAAGAGAUUGAAGUUCCUAAGGAUUCUGGCAAAGAGAAGGAAACGAGAAGGAAGCGUUACAGAAAGAAGAAGGAGUCUAGGAAAAGUUACAAAGAAGAUAAGUUUUCAAAGGACAGAAAACGACGUCGCUUGAAGAGAGAAGAAGAGGAACAUUACCCAGUGAAAGACAAGGAUAAGGAUAGAAAGCGAAAAGCGAGAACACCAUACGAAGAAGAACAGCCUAGGAGACACAAGCGGAAGUGUUCGAAGAGCAGAAGAAGCAGAGACGUCUCAGAGGAAGACGAAACAAGAAGAUACGAAGACGAGUCAGAGAUGUAUCACAGACACUCUGCAGAACAUUCCGAGUGUUUCUGUGGGCAGUGCCACUACCAUGGACACGUUUGCCAGUCUCCAAUUCCUUGCGAUAGGAUUUAUCACCAUCAUCCAGGACAUUCCAGAGAUCCUCCAGAAGCACCGCAACGGGGAUUCGAAAUGCCCGUGGUGAGGAAAUAUUUACCCAUGUUUCAGAGUCCCGAAUUGAUAGAGGAAUUGAAGGCCCACGAUCGAAUGAAAUUAAUUCAAGAAAGAGAGGCCGCGAGACGAAGUCCUCGAUCUUCUCCGGCAUCUGCGCGCCCCAAAAUGGCCGCCAGAGAACCACAACGCGCCACAAUGUGUCAUCUCCCAGGCACAAGCAAAUCGGUGUGCAAAGACGCCAAAUUCGCCUAUCAAGAGACGCAAGCCUACAGGAACGUGUUACGCGAGCUGGAGAAACGGACUAGGAACCGAAGACUCGAAGAGGAAAAGCCUCUGAUACAUUUGUCCAAGAAGGCUGACAGAACGAAACGAGUGAAACAAUUGUAUCCACCAAGGAACAGAUCUGCGAAGGCGAGGGACUUUGCCGAUCGAGUAAUUUCAUCGUUCAAGCCUUGCAAGAGACACAGAUACAACAAGAACACGCGAGAUCGAUCGAUAGAUCGAGUGGAUUAUUCCUUCGAUCCGGAACUGUUGAGCAACGUUUCUUGCUACUGCACAUCUGCUGGAGAACCGAGUGAUAGCGAGUCGACUGCUUAGGCGUCUCUAUUUAAAAGUUCUCUUAUAUAACAAUUAUGUAAAGUACUUGUACAGAUUUACAGUGUUCAUAUUAAAGCUUUGUACGAUCUUCGCAUAAAUAAAUGGAAAUCCUGGCGGUAACUCUUA